AUGGAUGCUUACGUGGAUCAGGGCGAUGAGAGAUGUGAUACGGCGCGGAGGAUAUGCCAGUCAUGCAUGUUACGGAGCUGUGGACUAAAGCAUGUGGACUGGAAUAUGCAUGACCUUUCUUCAAGAAAAUAUGGUAAGACGUGGCAGUGAAACAGGUUGGCUGAUAGGCAACCAUAUAAAAGCUUUAUAAAAAUUAUCUUCCUGAAGAAAAUUUGCAGAGCAUAUUCGAGCGUUUCUCUCGCCGCAGAGUUGCGAUACGAUUUUUCUAAGGCAUCUGGACAACGGAACUUUGUUGUCUCAGAUUCUGAAAAAUUAUUCUGCUUGCUAGGCAGCAUGUCUAGCGCAGUUGCAAUAUACAUGGCGUACAUGGGAAAUUCCAACUUCAGCUAGAAUGAUUCAGCAGGUAUACUCGAACAGGUUUAUGCAAUGCAGAACAGGGUCUACUUGUCCCAUGAUAGGAUGUAAAAUAUUGCUGUUACUUUGGACUGUAUAAGCUUGAUGAUGACUCAAGGGAGAUCUUGUAGCAAUACAAAUCUGACACGUAAUCGUUUUAAUACCAUGCCACUUUGGAAACUCAUGAACGAUGUUUUAUUGAUAAUUACGACACCAUAUGUAUAAAGUUUAGUUUAAACCAUUCUACGCAUACCAAGGUUUGCAAGUUUAAAGAUUGAACACACCUGAUCCUCCCCAGGGUAACAUCCAAGCGUCUCUGCAAAAACGUCCUUUUGGAACUCAUUACGGUAUUUGUAAGCUGUCACUGUAAUGGCGAAUCUAGGAAAAACCACUUUUACCUUUAUUUUUCACUACUUUGGGAAAGAAAAAUCGUCAUUAUUGAAAUAAACAGGACUUAUUAGCAAAACAUACCCUAGUCACUACGACGAAAAGAAUAGUUAGAAAGAAACGGCCAACGGGACGAUGGGUUUGUUUGUUAGUAAGUUGGCUUACCAGGAGCAAUAGGUCGGAAAUCAUGUCGGGUUGGACAGGACGAAUUCACAGAAAGUACACUUGAGUUAAAGCAGUAGACAUUAUCUUUGCUACUUCGACCGGCAAAAUGACUGAAUACUUUUGAACACUAUACAACAGUAUCGACCGAAUAGAAAUAUAGCACAUUAGUGGCAGACAAGGACACUCGGCGAAGACAUCUUAUGACAAGAAUAACUUUUCCCUAGAAUGGAAAAAGUGACAAAUGAAUAGGAUGUAAGGGAGAGCUGAGACAUCUAAAAACUGCCAGAUCAAGGGCCGAAGAUGCAAUGGAAGCGUAAGCAUCGAAUGAAAUGCGCUGUGUUAAAAAACUAAUCAACACGAAAGGAGCCCACCAGACUAAGGAUGAAAUGACGACAAAGAACUCGAAAGAAUGAAAGUUUAUUGAGGGUACUUCCGAAGGACACAGGAGCGGCAGAUAAUUGCAAACCAACAUAACAUUGGACUUAUUUUUCAAUGUCACGUUGAAGAUCGUUCAUAAACUGCCAUGCCAAUUUAUGAUUUAAGCUCACCUUCGUAAGUUUGGUUAUCAUCGGCUUUAGUAGAAGGACAACAGUGCACUCAAAAUCUACAAGAUCGAGUAAAAUGAGGUCGGUGGUAUAAAGGGAAAAGUGACGAGGUAAUGGGCCAACCCGUUAAAAGGACCCUUGAAUAUGGAAAAUAUCAGUGUUCCGUUAUCAGAUAGAAUUCUAAAAGAAAAUGAUCAAAAAAUAAAAAUAAGAUCCAGGGUAGAAAAACUCUCCUAAAUGUCCUUUUAAAAAAAAGAUGCGAGGGAAAAUCCUAAAAGCAAACUAGUAAUUACGGUCUGCACGCUUAUGCGCAAUGCAAACCUUUGAUCUCGUAAUUACAGCAGCUGGCCUAUCUCAUGAACUAUUAACUGACAUUUUGGCAUAUAUCUUCGAUUAGAACGGAUUACCUAGGUAGAAGUGCAAUAUUGGUAACAGUGUGACGUGACCCCAAGAUCUUUCAGCCACGCUGGGAGGCUGGCUUUCGAAUGCAUCUCGUUCCGGCCCCCUCAAAGGCCACAUUCAACAAAACGACCACUUGAGUUUUGUAUAGUCUGUCCACUGAUUUUCGAUGCGGAAGCCAUUCAAAAUACAUUUUGCGGAAAUCCUACUUAAUAAUAGUCCUUCUUAUGUUGAGUUGGUAGCUAAUCACAUCGUCAAAUCUUGUACUUGAGGGAACGAUAUUCCAGGGUGUUAAAAAGUGUCUUCAACCUCCGAAUAAUCUUGAACUACAUCGGCGUUUGCACUUGUGUCUAAAGUGUCACAAACUACAUGUGCAACACAUUCGGCGCAGAAAGAAUCAUAUAGUUCCCCACUCCAUUGAGAAGAUGCCAUAUAAUGCUCAUUACAUGUUACAGUAGACGUGGACAUUGUUGUAUACAUCGACAGCAACAUGAAUAGGCAGAUGCGGUGAUGAAUUGUGCAAUGGUUUACCGUACUAACAACACAUGUAUUAGCUAAAAGUCCAGCCACGCGUGUUUCGCCGAUCUCAUGCCGCUGCCUGAUGCAGCUGCGAGGGGUUCGGCUCGUCGGUGGGUCCCCCAGCUUUCACCGUGUGUUUUCUGAUAUAUGAACUCCAGUUUCAACUUGCCUUGUUUAAUUUUCGAGGAAACUAAUGCGCGAACCUGGAGAAACUCUUUCAAAACAGACAUUUUCAGGCACAGUCAGCUCAAAUAUUCAUAUCAAACUUCGGACCAUGCCUGAAAAGGUCUGUUUCGAAAGAGUUUCUCCAGGUUCGCGUAUUGGUUUCCUCGAAAAUUAAACAAGGCAAGUUGAAACUGGAGUUCAUAUAUCAGAGAACACACGGUGAAAGCUGGGGGACACAUUGACGAGACGAACCGCUCGCGACUGCGUCAGGCAACGGCAUAGGAUCGGCGAAACACGCGUGUCUAGGCCUUUAGCUAAUACCUGUGUUGUUAGUACGGUAAAUCAUUGCACAAUUCUAUACUACUGACUGUCUGUUGGCGGUUUGUGAAUAUUAAGCGGUUAUUCCGCAGUAGCUGAUGGAUUUCAGCUCAAAUAUUCAUAUCAAACUACGGACCGUGCCUGGUAAAGUCUUUUUUGAAAGAGUUGCUCCAAAUUCGCGCACUAGUUUCCUCAGAAAAUAAACGAGGCAAGAUGCGGUGUUAUUUGAAUUAGUAUAUCAUGGUUUUAAGAAACCGGAAGUUCCUUUUCUCCGAUAAUGAAGUUCGAAGUAUACGGUGGUUACCAAAUGAGUGCAAAAACAAUAUAGUUAAGCAUAGUUUCUACAAAAUAUGUGUAAAUUUUACAAGGAAAACGUAUGCCAUUAAAGUAAUCCAUUUCGUCGAUUGUGGAUUAGCAUACAGUCAAGAAUGAGCUCAUCCAAGCGAAAAUAUCCCGGCGUGACUGAAAUAUGUUGAGAUCAUUCAGCAAAAUGAUCAACGCUUCAACACCACCUAAGCAAUUGUUUUUAAUCGAAAACUUUUCACGGAUGUUUUGCCGGCAGUCUGUCGUUACAAGGGAUUCGGCUCAUCCCUGAAUCCCACAGAGUGUCAACGUGUGUAUACUGGGCACCGCGCAUUGGUAGCUUAUAAUAGUACGUGGUUACCUUGCCUAAGAUGGUGAAUUUCGUAUUCAGCUUAUAGCAUUUCAUUCCGAAGUAUUUAUUCGAAGUUGCCGCAAUAACAGUUUUCUAAUCUGACUUCCGUAUUUUUAAACUUGGAAUGCAAGCUGCAUAUUUCCCUUCGAUUGGUACGGAGUCGCAUGAAAUAGAAAGGCAGAAAUUGUUGUGAUUAUACAGUCAGUAAGACCUCAUAGGAAAAAGUGCCCCAUGGCAGUUCAGGACAGAGUUAAUUGUCGUUCAAAAAGCCAGUACGCUGGUGUAACGUUCGGGUGGAAGUUUUAUUUUUGACACUGACCCGGCAUAUGACAUGAAUAUUUUUUGGCAUCGCGCAAUCGAAUAACCAAAUGCACUCAAUAGUGUAGUGUUUUUAUGCCUGUAAUUGCAAAGAUUCGGAACCGACCAUGGUGUGUUCUAGCUAGAUGUGUAACGCGCCGGAGAGAUUUCGUUCGGAGUCUUCUGUUUUCCCAAACAUUUGUUUCACACAGAACACGGAUCAUGCUAGACACCGGAUAAUUACUCGUUUCUUCCAGUGGAAUUUUAUGCCCUUGGGCAAUGCAAAUAAAUGCUCUCUGCAAACUCAUUGUUGCGGGACGAAUUAUUCGGUGAAAAGGAACAACUCGAAACCAAACAAUAACUUCGCACUAUGUUUUACCCAUUCUGUUUAUGAUAUGUUUUGAGGAGAAAUUGUGGAGACCGCGUCUUGGAUAAAAUAACCAUGGAAAUUAUCUUGAUAGCUUGCUCUAGCGCAUUUUGGUUCACUGCAUUUCGUGACUGCCAGACCUGAUUUAAAUGAAGCCGCGGACAUACAGUUUCCGUGAAUCAUGAUGUCUACCAGCUUCUACACACCACUGUAGUUGGAGCUACCCUCGGAUACCAACAUACCUGUCACCAUAGGCCAUAUUUGCACGCGCAUCGAAAAUAUCUGCGCAUUUGCAACAACACCUUUACAUGGGCAUAUAGGAAUCCUUCCUUGGACUAGUUCAGUAAACAGAAGCAAUUUUCGCAGUUGUUUUGUGUUUUGAACAACCUACCUUCUCCUUGAAGGCAAAUACGACCUUACUGACCUAAAGAGAUCCAUUAUCGUGAAAAAAGAUUUUUAAAUCAGUGUCUACAGCAUAGCCUGAAAUUGCCGGAAAAUGAGUCGCAAUUUCCAAAAAUCAGUCGUAUGUAAAGGUUACUUGAGCGACGUUUCGUUAUUAAUUAACAAGGACCACAAUCCUUGCUUGCAGACUUCCGGUUAGGCACCCUUCCAACUGCCUAAAAAUAUCCCAGCUGGUUGAAAUGUCGUAAUUGAAAUUGUUUGCAUACUAGCUGAGGAUUUCUAGCGCGUGUCAAGAUUUAUUUUGCGUCUUCUAUAAAUUCCCACCGUUAGAUUUUGCGUCAAACUGUGCAAGCAUAUUUACUUUUGAAAGGCUUGUUACUAUUCAUUUAUUUUAAAACGUAACAGUCAAACUAGGCCAUUUUUGUUUUUUACGAGUGUUGCGGGUUUCCCCAAAAAAGAGCCAUAUAAUGCCUUGUUAGCGAGCCUUCGUUAUAAAACACUUAUGGGUAAGGCGACAUUGCCGGCGAAAACAAGGGAGAUCGAAAUGGCCAGUUUUGGCUUACAAGCCGUCAUCAGCCAGCCCUACCCAAUCCCGAGGUUUGCGGUACCUGGGGUAACCGACAAAACAACAAGACCGUGGCUCAGUGUAGCCAACAGGUCGUCGGGCUCAACCCCGGGUGUUACACACCUUGGGGUUAAACAUAGCUGGGUGAGGACGGCUAAUAAGCCCCAAAUGGCAGUUCUGGUGUUAAUUCUCUGUGUCGGUAGUGUCAUUUGGCCAAUAUUACGCGCCGUAAUGCGGUUGGUGGCAGAGCUCAAGAGAGAGAGCCGCAAGGGACAACGGGUCGAGCGAGUCGCGUAACGCGAUCAGUAAGCGCCCCUCUACCAUCAAACUCGUAUAUUACAUUGAAGUAAGUCCACAGUACUCUAAGACAACUUGACAAAUCGUGUACACAUGAGAUUACAGGAACAAACAUGUUUCCGUCUCGAAAGACGGAUAAUUGGAAACCUGUAAGGACCUAAACACGAAGUUCGUUAAAAAAUGUAAGAGCAUCAGAGUAAAUUCACGUAAAACGGUUAUUGGAAAGGCGUUUUCCGCAUUUUUCACAGAGAAGAUGCUUAACGGCGUAAAACUACAGACGAACAGACAAGUUCUGCUUUCAGGAGUUCUGAUCCGCACAAGUCACUGGAAAGGGACCAUAUCAAAAGCCAGACUGCCAGAUAGUAAACAGUGUGGCCUUAUGACCGCAUAACACAGCUUUUUUAAAGCUUGUAUAAAGAAAGCCUUUUAGUUGAGAGCAAAGUUUAGAUGUCUGGCCAAUAUUUACUGGGCUUCUUCACACACCGUUUUUUAUGAAUACGGUGAGAAAUUAUAUGUGUUAUUCAGGCAAUUAUCACUUGAAGAUGACGUGGUCUGUGAUUAUCCUCCAUCAGAAGCACCGUGAAUGACUCUUCGGGCUUGGAAAAUAAACAUAGGCCCCGCAUGGUGCGACUUUGCGUUGCUCUGAAUAGACCUGACGGGUGUUUUAUGUGGUACGCAAAACUUCAAUUAGAUUUGGAAUAUUCCUUUAAAAAAAAGCCAACUUCUUAAUCGCGGUUUUCGUCAUGAUAAAAUUCAGUCGCAUUUUGAGGGCGCCUCACAAACGUUGCAUACCGCACCGAAGUAAGUAGCGUUUCGCUUCCGCAGAACGCCUCUUCGGUGUUUUGCGGGAUUAUGGUGAACCCCGUCCAUCAACCAUAGUGGGGUCCGUUAAGUAAAGACUAUUAUGUAGUCAGAUGAUCAUGUUUUUUUGACAGGCAUCGAUUUUCCACCUCCGAUUGUUUUAAAUCGUCCUGUUACCAAUUACCGUAGACCUUUGGUGUGAAGACAUGACAAGAAUGAAUGUACGUUGCAAGCUUAGGCCAUCUGGCUGGCCAAAGACGGUGACUGCUUCAGAUUUGCAAGUCAAAAAUGGAAUUCCUGGAUCAGUUUGAUGAGGAAUCCAGAGGGAAUUCAGUUAGUUUAUAGUUCCUUACCAGUUUUCGGUUAGGUGUAAGUUAUUUUUAAUCCAAACGACAACCUAAAUAAAACUUUCACCCAGGUUCGGGUUGUUUCUGACGAUGACUCGAUUUUCCGUUACGCUAAAUUAUCUACGACGGAAAACGUCCUGUGCAGAUUUCUUUGACACAAUUGUAUGUUUUUAUCUAACUUGUUGUUGCCGAUCGCGCGUUUUCCCGAUUAAGAGCUUCUGAGAUGGCAUUCUUUGUUUUCUUACCUUGAAGGUUAUACCGGAAACUGCUGCCAAAUACAAUGUUUUGCAUCUACUCACUGUAUUCAGUACUUCGGUACGAGCUGUUAUCCAACCGAACGUGCGAAAAGAAAUGGUGGUGUCUGUCUCCGAGGUAAGUUUUAAGCUUGAUAACUUAGUGCACUCCAUGUCCAAGAGGAUACAUCAUACCAAUACUAGUCGUACCAAUCAACUAAGACGUCAUUUAAAAUACACUCUAUGGUAUGACGAAGGAAAUAUCACCCCCAACAGACCUAUCAGAUUCUGAACGCAGACGAUCAGCAUUUACUCGUAAAUGAUGGAUUAUAAUCCCAAAACCUGAAUCAAAACCAGCAUUCUGAAAAUUUCAUGUACAAUCUAUACCAUAUACAACCCAUGCAAUCUUGUAUAAUGUAUACAGUCAUGUAUAGGUUAUUGAAGCGACAGUAAGUUAUUUCGGAAUCAGCGCAGAAAAUGCAGGGUUAAAAUCGCUUACAUGAUAUUUUACUGCCCGAAGUGGAACGAAGGUUGUUUUCAGCUUAGACUUAAGAAAUAUCUUGAACCACCUCCUCUGGCUUCUCUCUGUCCGAUUUUUUAACUUGUCGCGCAAGACAAAGUUAAAAACUGUGAAAUAUGACAGGUUUUUUAGUAUGAAUAUAGGUUGAUUCAUGGAAAUCAUCCCGACACACAUCUGUGAGAUAGAACGUAUCUACUCUCGAAAAAGACAUUUUUAAAAACAGUGGAAAUAUGGGAGGUUUUGUGCUCUCCAUAGGAAGCCGACCACAUUUCCAUGCAUGUAUUCCUUUUGUCCGUUCGAAUAAUCAAGUCAUAAACAUAUGUUGACGGUAAUGCCUCAUCAGGCCACUACAAUAACAAUAAAAGCGAGCUCGUGAGCCAUGGAUAGGGUAAGUCACACGUCUCGUUCCUCGUAUUCAUUUGCGACUUAUGCUCUGGUGUAGACAUUGUCUACUCAACGGAUGGAAAUAAUCUAAUCUAACAGCAAGCUACUUGCUAAAACUAAAAAGAUUGUGAUAAGCCAUUAUCUUCUAAAACUUUUUAAACAAAUGUUGUGUUACAAAUAUCAGCUGUCAUGUAGUUCCUUUUUUGAAUGUUAUGCCUCAUUAACUUACUUAUUCCUCUCUGAAAACCGGAAUGAAGAACUGAACUGAAAACAUGUCUAUAACCUCUGCUAACCAAGUCGGUUUUUGUCUUUUCUUAAACUGACUGUCGUUUUUCUGACAAAAUGGCGCCAAAAGGAACAAUCAUUUAGGCAGCAAUGAAGGGAUGGCAUCCACAUAUAUCCCUCCAUAGUUGUUUUCAACCUAUUCUUUGUUUUUCUUAAACGGCCUACCUUAAGCUCCAUCGUGACCAAAAUAGUCAUUUUUUAUUAAAAUACUUCACAUAAAAACAAGUAUGUACUUGCCAUAGUUGUAGUCGUUUCUUCCUGUCCUUAUGGGGUACAUAUCCAUGGGAAAUCUCCAAGUCUUUUUUAACCGCAGAGUAAUUCUAAAGAUGUUUUUUUGUCAGAUGACAAUGGCUGGCCCUACCAAACGACUUCUUAUGAUGUCUCCGUAAAUUGACAGGGCCGGCAGCAAAGGUGGUUCUUAAAAGUCGCCACAAUAGAUGCCAUUGGAUCUAUCACUGGUUGUAUUAUUGCCUAAGCUUUAUAUAGGGAACGUACAAAUACCAUGUAGAACCUUGAAAAACGCUUCGUAUCAUGUAAGUAGAAGGAAGGAGAAAUGACGAGACCGAUGAUAAAUGCAAGACGAAUCAGGCGAAUCCUCCUAAAACAUCAGUACGGUGACCACGGGGUAUACGCCCGAGCACGACUCUCCGACGUAAUCAGAAUGCCUUAGUUAUGCUUGGCUUACAAGGUGCAUGUUUUUAUUUUAAUGUACCACGCAGUAUUUAAGAAGUCCAGUCCGGCAAACGUACGCCCUAGAUUAUUCAUCAUCAGGCCUGUAAAGUUAUAUAAGGGAGAGUAAAGUGGCAAAAGUUGAACAGCUAAUAAAAGUCAGUAUGGGGGAGAGGGCUGAGAGGCGUUUAGAAGUCAGGGGUCAGAGUCAUGUUCUCCCAGGGGCUUAGGGAGGGGGAGGGCGUCUGGUAAUUAGCUGUCCCUGUUUCAUCGCUGUAAUCGGACGUGACAAAUGUGAAUAGAUAUGCUGGGUUUGUCUAUGCGAAAGGGGGCCCUAGCGCUUUAUGCGAGCACAAGGUUGAGUUUACUAACCGUAUGGCCACUGCCUCUGUCUUCAUAACUAUCCGCUAGGCAGGAACUUGGAAUGUCUCGCCGGAAUGCUUGGUUGACGUCUACCCGAUGGUCGCAGUUAACCGAGUGAACUACGAUUGUGCUAGAGAUGGACUUUUACAGACCUUGAUGUAGCCAGGCAGGAUGGUGCUCCCACAGCUGCCUGAAUAGGCGACUAGUUGUUCGACCAAUAUGACCUGCCCAACAGAAGUGAAUAAAGACGCAGAUGCAGAUUUGCCUUUGUGGAUAAUGUUAUUCUGCCUAUACUACGCGUCGCUGUGUGGCUCCUGCGGGGCUGGAGAGAACCCUAAGGCACAACGGGACGAGUGAGUUCCGUAACACGAUCGGUGGGAGCCCAUCUACUAUUGCGUAUUCCCGAUCGCAACCGACGGGACAACGAGCCCGUGACCCAGUAGUUAGAGGCGUUGGGCUUUUAACCAGCAGGUCGCGGGAUCGAGCCCCGGGUGUCCCACAUUUCGGGAUUGGGUAUGAGUGGCCGACGACAAUUAAUGAGUCAGAAAUGACCAUUCCAGUCUCCCUUGUCCUUGUCGAUAAUGUUAUUCUACAUUGAAAAUGUUUGAAAGGACAGUCUAUCCUCACCUUUAAGGCGAAGAAGCGGAGUGUUUGUGAAAACUAGUCUUAUCUUAGGGGCUUGGUACAUGCGCGCGACAGUAGCGCUAAAGCGACAAUGUAGAAUUUUGCUCGCCAGACUCCCUCGAAAUUGCAGUGCGAGAAUACUUCUUUCUUCUCAGCCGUCGACAUUUCAGGUUUUGGAGGGCGUUCGUCCGUAUACUUGUUGAUAAAAUUUUAAGAAUAGCCAUUUUUCAAGCGUAUCUGGGGUGCACUCAGGAUAUCAUCGCUGAAUUCGAAUAAUGACAGGUAUUACUUUAUCAUCUUGCUUCCUUCACUUGAAGUGGGGUUAUAUUAAAAUGUUUGGACCCAGGUACCGUCAGAAUUUCAGCAGUUCAUCAUAAUUAUUGCGCAUGUAUUUAGACCGUCGUCACCACUAACUAACGCUAACUUUCAUCAGCAAUAAUCGUCAAUAAUUGCUAAAUGGGAUCCUCAGGGACUACCAAUCUUCACCAGUUUACCUCGCAUCCGCAUACUAGCAUUGAAUAUCGAUCAUUCUCUCAACCUCUAUUCCAAAACUUUGGGAAAUGGAGGCUGCCUCAGAACUGUUUGCUCAUUAUCCCGGAGUUUUCCUGUGGGAGUUAUGCCAAUGGAACGUCUUUUGGCAACUCUCAUAUCCUUGAACCUGUCUCGACCGUCACGAAAUGUAAACUGAUAGCCCCGGUCAUUAUCAUGAUCUUUGGUCUUUUCAUACGCUGCAGCACUUCGACAGUUGAUUCCGGUGCCAGUGUUUUAAAAGUCCGACCAACGUUUUUAAAUACUCUGGGAUGCGGUUUCGACAAAACCUCCAGAAAUUUAACGUGUUAUUCUUACGAAAAGUCGUAUAAUAAUAAAAUGACCUUCGAGAUCACUCAUCAUUCUCAUUUAUGACUGGAGAUUCUCCAUUUUGCUUUAAUCCAUAAAACUGCACAUGCCUCAAGUCAUUAUAAACCAGCCUUUUUGAAUUUUUGGAUAGCUUAUAGCAUAUUUCUCUCAGUACAAUUUUCCUCGGAAGCCUUCUUUGUCGGCAUCGUUAGCUAUGUUUGAUAAUGGAGACAUCUAUCCUGAAGAGAUACUGUUGUCGAAACGCGGACGUUGUUCUAAAAUCCAAUGAAUUAAGUUCUUUAUCAGAUGACUGGUAUUGCGGUUUUUACAAGAAAUACCGACCCGUAAGUUUUUCUAAGUCCCUGUUUAGAACGACCGACUUUCUUUUACUAGGACACUCCUUAUUGGCAUUUCAUUAAAUGAGCGCAGGCGUUCCAACUACUUAUGCUGUUGCUUUCCAUGCUUAUCGAUGUAUAAACAGAUAAUGAAACUGCGAUUCCCAUCUAAAUUACCAUCGCCUGAAAAUAUACCAUAGCUCAUUGGCUGAGGGAAGUCCAAAUGCAAGGAGCUGAACUCAAACAACUGACUGUACUUUCUCUAGUCUAGGAUUUGGAUGCGAAUUACCGAAGCCAGUAUGUUCGGUCUACAUUUCCUCUCGCGGUUUGUGCAAAUGUUUUAACUCCUUGCAACUCAUUCGAUGGUCUUCCGCCAGACCUCUGUUUUUUGACGCCCGACGAAAUGUUUUGAUCGCCUUCCGUCCUUUUACCGCUCCCACAUGACCUUAGAUAUGCACAAGACCAGGUGGGAUUAAAGUUCAUCUAUAUAUUUCGAUUGCGAGCGGAGACUGCGCACUCGGGGCCCUGCCAGAACUUCUAAUCUAAGGCCCUCGCAGGACGUGGCUUAUCGGCUAGUAGUAUUAGCAAAGAUAAAGGCUAAUGGAGACUUAUUUUUCGUAAUUCGUAAGACAAAUUGGAGGGCGAUUGGCCCAAGGUAUCCAAUGAUCGAUUGACCGAAAGUUUUUUGCCACUGGUUGAAUGCUGAAAGUAAGCCAGAUACUGCCAAAUAAUUGUGUGGUAUUUUCCCGUAACAUUUGAUACAUACUUAGAGUAGGUGGGCUAUCUCAUUAAAUGUCAACCGAAAUUCCCAAAUGAGAUUUCGUUUGGAAAAGAUUAAUCAAGUAGGGUCGCAAAACUAGUAAGCCUGCAACGUAACUCUAUAAUAUUUCAGUUUUGUCAGGAUGCCGCCUUGCGAAUGGACUUACUUCCGGCUACAUGCAAAAAUUAAACUCUGUGAAAAGCGACUACUGAUGUGGCAUGAAUUUUUUCAUUGAUUUUCGAUGCCCAUAAAAGUCCAGUGAUAGUUCAUGGAAACCAUGCACAAAGUACUCAUUCUGUUUCUCAUUCGGUAGAGAAUUAGGUCUUCUUUUAAUUUUAUACCCGAAGAAGGGACGUUAGUCCGUUUUCAAAAACAUUUCCAACUCCCGAAUAAUUGUGAACCCAAACUGCCCUUACACUUGCAUUCAGGGUUUCCAAUCUACAAGUCGUAUAUUUUGUGCGCUCGGGAAACCACACAUUUCUCUACGGAAAUAAAGGGGACCAUAUGGGGUUGAUAAAAUUUAGCAGUGGAUUUCAGCCAUGUUGUUAACUUUACAAGCCACACUGGCAAAUGCAGAGACAUGAUGACCAUAUCACGGUAUUUAGAAGACCCACAAUUAGAAACUUUUAUAAAAACCGAAUUAUCUCCCUACAUCGAGUGUAAAAUUGAAAGAAGAUGUACUUUUAUACUGAAAGGACGAAAGAAUGGAUGUUUUUAUGCAUGAUUUUCAUGAAAUAUCAUUGGACUUUUAGGGGUAGUGAAAAUCAAUGAGAAAAAGUUAUGCUGCUUAAGUAGUCGUUUUUUACAGAGUGUGGUUUUUGAAUGCAGCCGGAAAGAAGUUCAUUCGAAAGCCGGCAUCCUGAGCUAAGUGAAAUAUUAUAGAAUUAUUUUGCAGACUGACUAGUUUUACAACCUAACUUAAUCAAUCUUUGCGAAACAAAAACGCAUUUCGGAAUUUCGGUUGACAUUUCAUGAGUUAGCCCACCUGCUGUAGCAUCAAACUGGCGUUCAUUUUCUCAACUUCCGUAGAGCAGGGCAAAAUUGCAAUGGGUUUGACUCGCCAUAUCUGUCUCUUAGGACCAUCUCCUUCGAAAUCAUCGGUUAUAAUCUUCAGAAAUUUGGCUUUUUUGGUCGGUAGAUCCUAAAUGCUAAACAUUAUCAGAUGUAUAAAGCAGAAGAGGCGUCCACCAGGAGAGGUUUAAUGGGGGCCAGACAUUUCAAUUAGUCAUUUCGCCCAACCAUCUUCAGAGACUGGGCUGUCAUGGGCCCUUUGUUUUGUCCGUAGCCCGCCAAUGCCGCCUGUGUAGAUGCAUCCGACCCGCAUUUCACCAUGACCUGAGUUAUCCCACCCCCGCCGACCGCUGAGAUAACUGACGGCUCUAGUCGUUGCGCUCCCUGAUAAAAUAUAGUCGGUCACUAUCGAACCUUCCUAUCCGACGCUGACCGUCCUUGUUUUGUCACGGCGCAAAGCGACCGGAGCCGUCAAUUAUCUCUGCGGCCAACGAGGGCGGGGUCGGUACAAGUCGCGGUAAAAUGCGGGUCGGAUUCAACCACACAGACGGAAUUGGCGGACUACGCACAAAACAGAGCGCGCCAUAUAAGGAGAGCUGUGUUCAUGACAGCGCAGUCUCUGAAGGUGGUUGGGCGAAAUAAUUACCUGGAACGUCUGCCUCCCCCCCUAAAACUCUCCUGAUGGACGCCUCAUCUUCGCUUUACAUAUCUGAUAAUGUUUAGCAUUUAGGAUCUACCGACGAAAAAGCCAAAUUUCUGAACAUUCCCCCUGAAACAAUGCCUGAUCUAACGCUUGUGGUCUGGCUUGAAAAAAAUAUGUUUAGUCUUGAGACGUAUUGUGGAGUCACAAUAAGCCUUACUAAACUUUAGCAACAUAACCUACUCGUCUUAAAGGGGUGCUUUUGCGGAUGAGAGAAACAUCUUUUCACUUCGUUAUAUUAUUCUACAAAGUGCAUCCGACUUCUGACGGAAGGUGUUUGAUGAGCGAACCACUUUACUUCGCACUCAUAGGUUCAGUCAACCCAUAUAGCUAGAGAGGCAUGAAAUGACACGCUAGUAAACUUUCCAGCAUACACCCUGUGGUUUGCGGCCUAAAUUAUGAAUCGCACGGUCUUCACGAAUAUUCAUGCAAUUCUGUUAAAAGGAAUGUCUUUUUCGAAUUCGCCAUAGCAGCGACUUUUCUUUGAGUUUUGCAAAACAGUUAAAAAUGCUUGUUUGAACCACGAAUUUUUAAGUUUGGAAAAAUCGCUGCAAGGAAUUUCCCACGUCCAUAAACAACUAACGCGAAGUAAGCUAGACGUUAAAACAGGACCCUCAAUCGUCAAGCGACCGCGACCAUGGCAGACUACCAUAGUCACGAGGGCUUUAAAUCACUGAUCAUUACUUUCCUGCGUCGGGGUGUUUACAGGUGCGGCUAAAUCCAACAUACCUGGCUUUACAGCCUCUACUCCGCGCGGUACAGUCAAGGAAGAAAUUAAUGGUACCGCAUCCUGUUAUGUUGCCGUUAAAAAUCGACAUAUGCUUUUUGUAUCCUAUACCCUUUGACAAAUAAAACGGCCGAUUAACUACUUGAAAGCACGACCAACAACUGCGGAAACCAACUACGCAUCCACAUUUAAAAAGGUUCCUGCAUAAAUCCCUUAGAUGUAGCCGACUUGCAUAACGUUUUCCAUGCGCUCUAACUUCAUGACAAGUAACCCCCACAUUUGCCGUUUGUAGGAUUAUACCGAAUAUCGCUAAAUUAUUAAAAAUGAGGUAGUUUAGCCCUUUUCUAGUAUCCAAACAUCCUGGUGGUCAAGCUUUCGGUAAUUCGUCUGGAAUGCAGCUGAUAUUAACGCCUCUCUUUUUGCUAUUCGCAUGCGCACGGUUUCUUUCGUCAACUAUCGCAGAGUCCAGUAGGACGUGAAUUCAACAAGGGAAAUGUUAAUUUGAUAAACAGUCUAUUACAGUAUACACAAUAAAUUGUCCCAAAAUUUGCAGUUCCUGUCUGUCAAGAAGUUCACUAGUGUCCCCUUUUGCGAUUCAGAAAUAAUGUAAUUGACGGCUUUCACCGAGGAAGAGACCAAGUCUUCAUACAUUCCGAAUAAAAUAAAACACCACGGUCCUCAAGCAAGCCCCCCACAGCAACGUAAAAUAUCGCUUCUCAGCAUUCCAGCAAAAAAGACCUGUUUCACUGCUAAUUACAUUUUGAAAAUCCUAAUAGGAAAAAAAUAUAAUUGCGCGAGAGUAAAUUAAUUACCGCGGUCACUUUUUUGGAGAUAUCAAGAACCCUCAUCAAUGUCCUGCUUCAUUCUUUUGCCCCUAAGAAAUUCAAAAACUUGACACGUUGGUUUUCCCUCCCUCUCUAGCAUGAACUAUUGCUUCUUCGACCGACUUCGGAGACUAACUCAAAUAUUAACAUUCCGAAACAACAUUUUAACACUCUCAAGUUACAGCUUGAGCUUAUUUUUUGAACUCAGGCUUGUUUAUUAAUUAGGCGUUUUGAUAUAUGCAUAUAUUUAUUAAAAUUGACGCAACUUUUGCCCGAGAAGAAUAGGAACAAUGAGCUUCGAACGACAAAAUAAGGCGACAAGUAACUCUUGCAUAGUAAGCAGUAUAAUAGGCUAAUGGUUAUUACUAUAGAAACAUCUUGGCCUGCAAAGUAUACUAGGAAGUUUUGAGACCGACUAAAACUAAAGGAACAUGUUGACUAGGCAACGCUGGCUGUUUGUGAGAAAUGGAAUUUUGGGCAUCUUCAUCGAGCCGUGCAGUCAGCGCAGACUGACUAAAAAAAGUACAUUGAGAAGAAUGUAGAUUUGCGCAGUACAUUUCCUUAGCGACGUGCCAAGGCCCGAAAUCUACUUGUGAUUUCCUCUUGCGACAGAAAAGGACGUUGUCUAGGUCUUAAGAACUGCAGUGCGGUUAAUUGCUAUUACAGAAAAUGUUAGUCAUCUCAUUGAUAGUUGGUGCGCUCAUUAACGUUUCGAACUUGUUUUCUCAGUCGUCCUAAAUUUUUAUGACGAAUUAGCAAUCAUCUGAGCGCGUAAGCAGCACAUUUGAUUUUGGCCUACUUCCAAAGUACAUUCAAAUCUCCUACCAAAGAGUCGGAAAUAAGUAUUAGUUGUGUAACAGUGCGAAGCAUUGUUGAAAUAUAAGCAGACCUUGAAGUUCCAAAUCUGUAUUUUUCCAUUGCCUUUUGGUCUGGGCUGCGAGAAUAUAAAUUUUAAAUCUUACCUAGUGUUCAAAAACACGUUAGCAAAUAGUUCUCAGGAUGUAUUUUACAGUGGCUGUGAUAUAUGCUCAAUAUGACUCAUAUUGUUUUGAUUUUCAAAUAUUCAACUUACAGGACAACAUGAAUACUUCGGUACCCAACGGGUACCGGUUACUUUUUUUCAGUCCAACGACUGCAUCGACUGCCAGCUUAAAGACAAAUCACAAACAUUUGACGGAGAAUAAUCGUACCUGAGGACUCUUGAUCUAAUUAAACUAAAUACGACCCUGUACAGUUAAAUUUUAAAGUAACAAAAAGUUUGGAAACUGGCAAGUUUCGUUGAAUCUUCAUGGUUUUAUCCAGCAGGCUUUUAUUGCACUGAGGUCUCUGACUGAGAGCAGGCUUCAUGGAAAGAUUUGUUUAUGAGUUGUUUUAAUGGAAAUUUGCAUUUCCUAAACCAAAUACGCUGCUAAAGUCUCCAGAGCGUAAGUACAUCUCUGUAAAUGCAGCGUGCUACACACGCUUGUUUGAUUUUGCACGAAUUUUUUAUAAACGAUUAUUAAUAAACUGUUGCACCUGAAGUGAAUAUCGAGAAACCUGUUCCAGUCGUGAGAUAAAGAAUUCUAAGCUUAUCACUGUAAUUUGUAUAGGCGCCUAGGAAGUUCAGACUGCCUAAUAAAUAAAUUAGGUAAAAGGUCGAAGAGCUCUCUCCAUUUUAUUCGUCGUUCCAAUUUCCCAGACGCCCAACGUUCAAUUAUGCUAUUCGAAGUCUCGAAGUCGUGUCAGCUGCAAGCCGACAAACUCAAUUUUGCAAAUGACAUUCGUAGCACUUAUACUUGAAGCAGACCGCAUUUGGCCACACUAUUAAACAUAGAGUAGCUUGCUCCGUAUAGCUGCAUCGGAAAUAUAUCUGGCGCACUGAAUUCUCUGAGUUUGUGGAGCGAUGCGACUGACCAUAAUAGACGUUGUCAGAAAUUCGAACAAUCCUUUGGGAGUUUUUCGCAGUGUUAAUCAACAAUGCACUUUUGCCCUUGACCGGAAGGAAUUUCCUGCUGACGCAAUAUAAUGACGAGUGUUUUUUGACUGUGCCUUUGAGAGAAUGUAUCCUGCUAUUUCCGAAGUAAAGUUUUUUUGAUUUCAUUGAAACGUCGCCAGGAAAUAUUCUCACAGUCACUUUAUGAGCUGUGGAGAAAGUGAGCAAAUCCUUUCCUGUGAGAAAACUUUUAAACUUGUUGGUCCUCUACUACAAGCAAGUACCACAUCUCAUUGUCGAUAGGAAGUCUUUAGGAGCAUUAGACUGAAUUAAAUGAAUCCCAACUUCAAUACAAUGCCUUCUUUUGGACGAAGAGUUAAUACCCACUAAUGCUGCGCUCAUACUGCAUUCUAUGAAACAACUUUUAUUGCCAUUGUCUCAAGUAUUGCCGUCUUAUUGGUUGCAGACUCAAUUGUUGUUGUUUCUUCAGAUUUCCGUCAUAAGCACUAGCUAAUACCUCAACACCUUGUGCAUAACUUUACGUUAGGAAGUGCGGAUUCCUUCAAAACCCUUAAUUUUUUCCACUUACGUCUUUUCUGUUAAACAAGUAACUGGAGUUUUCCGGUAAGUACAAAAAAACGAUCAAACCCAUUUGACGAAAUGCUGAAGUUACACAAAAAUUCCCACACAAUAAAUACUAAUGACACGUGUGGCAGCUGUCACACAGCCGAGAUUUUGAUGCCGGAUCGUUUUGGAAAGAUAGUCCCUAUACAUUUCGGUCCACCAAUGGAAAAUUCGGCAACCGCGAUAGAAUUCGAACCCACGAUAGACUUCUCCCUGCUGUCAUGUUUUGAAUUUUACCGAGGUCGCCGAGUUUACGACAGUCGGGUCAAACGAAUUAUUCCGAAUCUGUCAGAACAGCCAUUUAUAUUGCCAGUAAUUAGUUCAAUGGCAAGAACAACAACAUUUAAAAAGAAGUCCUUGUCUCUUGAUUUUGCCUCAAGCACUUGUUUACUUCUCAAAUCGUGAGUCAACACUGAGCAUAAUAUUUGCACUUAUAGCAUCAUUUCGCACUUGACAUUAAUAGCCAUCUUCCCUACCGUUUUAGAGACUAAUCGGUGCCAUUAAAUGCCAGCUUUCUGCGUUACUAGCGAGGAAUUGCCGCAGUCUUCUGAAAUAUUUUCCUUGCGCCAGAAACCAAGAACGCAAGUGUGUGCAUGCGCCUGCCUGCCAGAAAAGACCAAGCCAUGCGCGAAAUUCACCGAAGACUUCGCGGUUUAAGACUCACCGUUUGCUUGUGCAUGUCUUAAGUGCAUAUUGUAAUUAGCUUCAAAAACACUUCGGCUUGUAUGCAGGACCUCAUGAAUUAUGGACCACACGUCGGAUAAAAACAGAGAAAUCUCCUUCAAACGGGGUCGUCGAUAGAGUUUCGUCUUGUCUAGGGUUUGCAGUUUAACAUUCCAUAAAAAUGCUACAGUCCAAGGGGCAUUUUUGCAAUCUUUACGCAGAAUCAUCCCUCUGUAUCACUGUUACCAGAUUUCAGGUGUUUUGACCAGCCAGUCGAAAACGCAACGCUUGAAAUAGCCCCUAGUGAACCUCAGAUGCAAACAAAUAUGCCUACGAUAGGGUAUAGCUUGAAGGGCAUAUUUACGAACCUGGUCGUUGGUUCUUCUCGAGAACCAAAAGUAAGCAUUUGUCAGCGCUGUACAGGAAAAGCCUACUGGAAACAGUUGCAUAAACGAGGAGAGAUCUUACUGAUCAGCGUGGGCACGCAAGCGAACAGAUUUCCGUUUGCCCAACAGUAAGUUAUUAAAUGGCGGAAAUGAAGCCAACGCAUGACUUAGUAUAGAACAAGCGCUGUCUGGUUUUAAAAUAUUACCUGCUCGAAGCUAUGCAUUCAUGGAUUUCUCUCUUUCACCGACCACUUACUAAGUAGUAUAUUUUGGCAUAAGAUGUCUCGUUAAAUAUUCCAGCCAGUCAAAACACUUUAAAGAAUUUUCAGCACUGUAUAGUGAAAGCUCUCACGGUGACCAAGUUUUUUUUAUUUGUUAGAAACUUGAGCAAUAUGGUUCCGAAAAAGCACUGCUUGAAACACGGGCUUACAGGAGAUGGUUUACAUCUUCCUGCUCUGUAGUUUUCUAGCUAUAUAUCUACUGAACAGUAGAUAUUGCCUGUUUGAAACUCAUUAAACAGCGAAUGGCUAAGACGACGUUUGGGACUGUAAUGCCUAAAAAUGUGGCAAAAGUUCUCAAAGGUGUACAAACGAAGACAGAAAAAGCGAACUUUUUGCAUCGAUUGGCUGUUAGUAACCUAAUCCCGCUCCGGGAAACCGGAAACUAGAAUCCCCGUCUUCUCCUUUUUUGACGAGCAAGGCUCUAAGGACAUGAAUGCCAGUCCGCGAACUCACGCUCGAUCAGUUCCAAGCGGAAGGAAAAGCCGUAAAGAGACAAAAUCCGGAUUGUCUCAGUUGACUGCCGGGUGGGAAGUGCAUGUUCCUGUUCGGAAACAAAGUGACGCAGGGGUCAUCUUUACGAAUCUAACCGGUUUAUGAGACCGAUUGCGAUUGCAUAGUUUUAGUUGGCCCUAAAGCUAGCACAAUAGUCGCUAUAAUUCGAUUACCGUUAUUUAUUAUCCUAUUCUAUCGUGCAGACCGGAUAAGGCAGCAAACACAUAAAUGCAUCUCUCGUGGAUUUGCAAACUUCUGAUUGCAGAAAAUAGAAUUUAGGCUCGUAGACCAAACGGUAGAGCUUAUGGUUCAUCGAUCAGCUGAACAAUAGUCUGAACCGCAGAUUUUCCCUAUAUGGUGUUGGACAUUGCUAUCUGACUCAUGGACGUGGGAGGAUUUGUUCACAAAAUCAUAGGCAAAGACGAUCAAAUUUUUAGUACCUGUUUCCACCUUUAUGAAGACAAACAAAUAUUUCAAAAAAUCAGUUUUUUUAACCUUGACGUGUUUUCCAUUAUACAAAUUUCGACUCUAAGGAUUUUGUGAAAUACAUAGACAACUGGGAAACUAAUGAACCAGGUCCCCACCCAAGAAGUCGGUUUUGGUUUUGGCUCACUUACUUUUCUGGAGUUGCACCUGCGAAUCAGGACGUUUGUCUUUGACUGACUCAAUUCCACCUAAAUUCCCAAAAUUGUAAAACUCUUUUACUGCUAAGCGCUGGAACGCAAACCGGCGUCGUAAGGAGAAAAAAGCCUGUCAAUGCCUGAAAUAGGUAAUGCAAAUUUUGCUCUUUUUACUUGUCACCCAGGCAAGACGCUCAAGUUUACGCUUACUCCAGACUUCAACUUUGGACAGGAAGUCUACGAGUGUCACGUCAAGAGAAUCGGGACGACUGACAGACUGCUCUUAAAUAUGAGCAUCGUAUUUUCUACCCGGAAUCAAUUGCAUCGCCCCGCGACUGACGGAAACCGAUUACGUGCCUACGUUUUUGUUCACCCAGUCUCCCUUGCUGCCGGCGUAGCUACUGGCACACUGGACAAUCUAUUUUCCCUCCACUACAAAGGGAAUACUCCAACAAUCACGGAUGCCGUCCUUGUGAAGUCACGUCUGAAGAAUGCCUCCUCGACUAGCAAGACUGAACCGUUAGCUUCGAGGGGCGAGGUGGAUGAAGAAGACAAGACCCCAAAAUAUGCCUAUCGCUUAUUUGACCUCGCAAAGCGCAGUCCGGCAGUGCAUGAGAAUGUCAAGGUUUUCAGACACCGUGAGCAGAAGUACGUAGUGGUUCAGGCAAGUAAACAACGAACGCAAGUUUGCCUUUACAAACCAAAUUAAGGAGAAAAAGGACGAUAAAUAUCGAAGCAUAGAAGGAGGGCUUCACCUAGUGGAAGAGGUCUAUGGCAAUAACACUCUGACUGUUUUCGCCCUUUGUUAUUUUCGAAGAGUAAGCAGGAAUAACUCAUGAUAACCCACAGUGUUCUUCGACUUUUGGAAUGAAAAGAAUUCUCAGGCUUUAUCGUCUUCUCUACUUAUAAGACAAAUUAUAGCUUUAACGGUAAAUUAACGUUGACCCUCGCUUCGUGCCCACGAUUGACUUGGGAUGUAGUCAUUUCCACCAACCUCAGUGAAAUCUCUCAAUUAGUCUCAUUUUGUCCGUUAGAAGAAGCUAAGACUGUUUAUCUGAUUACAGAUGUUUGUGAACUUUGCAUGCUUCCGACGAAUUACGCGUUGGAAUAUGGUCGAACACAGAUCAAUAGGCAUUUUGAAAGAGCAUUUAGACCACUCCGUAAAACGUUUCCCUAAGUAGUUUUCACACUUUAUCUAUGCUAUAAGGCUGCAGUGCAUACUGGUGCAUUUUGGCGUCCUCCCGACUGACUUUGAGUUUGAAAGCGAAUUUUGUGCGAAAAUGACUCUCGGCCGAUCGGCAACAUUUUGGAUGUUGUGGGUAUCGACUCCGUUUCUACGAAUGCAGGAAGUGACUUAUCAGAAAGCCUCGGAGAAUUUCGAGUUUAAUUUCCAAAUCUGUUGUUCGGGGCUCGUGAAGCGUAACACUCUAUAAAACAGUAUGUAUUUAGAUUCUUGUCCUUCAUUUGGGGAGUUACGACUAACGUAGUUUCCACACAUUGAAAGAAGAAUAAAAAAAUUGGCGGAAAGCACCACAAUCGCGACUCACCCGAGGAACGUCACCGACCUCUGAAACUGCUUACAAGAAGGGACAGUUAGCUUGUCAGACAGAGUCUACCGAGAAAUAUACGUGAUAACCAUGGUUUAUUAUAACUCUUUCAUUAUUUAGUUUAAACUCUAGUUUUAAUCUACUGUAAAGUACGUUGUAUAUGGAAAUAAUGCUAGGCAAUCGAAAAGACACUUUCACCUACGGAAUCACUGUUUGAGUAAAGUCAAUUUCGUUUUUGUUCAAUGCAGAACGUUGAACCCUUUCGAUAUAACAGCGAAAACUGGAGAACAAUGGGCUGUUCUGUCAACAUAUCAGACGGGCUGAACAACGUCGAGAAUAACAGGGAGAGUGACGGCAUUCCUGUUGAUUUGGAGAUGCUUCGAAAGUCUCCUGUCGAUGGAAGUUUUCGUUAUGACAUACGGGUGAAUGAGAAGUCACGUGAACUCCGAGUGUCAGGAAGAGGUCAGUGUUUUUUGUUAUCUGACUCUUCCUAAUUUUAACUUACUUAUCAGAUUCCGCCGUUUUGCGAUGCAUUGGGCGACUUUGUGUGCAUACGGUAGCGUCUAACGGUCGGUCCGAAUUUAUGUUCUAGAUCUCAGGUGUACCCAUACUACACUGGUUAUUUUCCAGUUUGUUUCAUGAAUGGCCGAGCCAAUGUCAAAUAAACAGUUGUUUCUUUCAUAUUGACCCAACUGUGAAAAACUCGGCGCCUUGGUGGGAUUCGAACCCACGCAGUAAGGAGAAGGCUUUAGUACAGCCAAAGCUCUAACCACUUGAGCUACGAGGCCCCGCCGGACGACUCGAGUUUAAUCACAUUUGGGUCAAGUUUAGCGCGCAGCCUUCUGCAACGUCUGGAAUCCACCAAAUCUGACACAGUAAGUUAAAUGCCCUAGCAGGAUUUCCUAAGUAAUUCACCUAGAAUUCACCGGAGGACUGCCAGGCCUAUGAAUUGUUUUUUUGUCGAAAUCCUAUUUCUGUGGAACGUUCCAUUAUAUGAGUUGCGACUGAAGCAUUUUACUUACAUUAAAAACAUCAUUGAUUACGCAUGACUCCUGGACAACGAUAUACCAUAAAAACGUGAUUUAUUAUCAGCGAAUGUUAUGUACUUUGGGUAAAUCACUAAAAAAUAUGUGAAGUAAAAAAUAAGGGAACUUGUCUAGAAGAAUAGACUUGAGGCAAGUCUAGACUUAAAUUUUAGAACGCACACCUAAUUUUGAGUGUCAUGCAGAGAUUAGUAUUUAAAUGGAGGAAUGCUGCAACCUUUCCGUCUAGCAUUUUAUUAUACCAGAGCUGGGAAAAUUCAACGGAAAGAUUUAAAAGGCUAGUUAGGAAGCACAGAUUUGCUUUUAACCAACUCCUUGAAUGGAACAUCUAUAUGAAGAAGGAGUACAAAGUAUAUGUCAGGGAAGGGGAACUGAUAAUAGUUCCUUAUUCACACAAGUGGGAUAUGAAAGUAUGGGGAGGAGUAAUAAGAAGCAGCAAGACGAGGCAAUUGGGGGGACAGGAAGAGCAGUGUCGGGGGCAGGAGGUAGGCAUGCGUUUAACUAACCGUUGUUCAUGGUAGCUGCAAAACGUGGUUCUAUACGCACAAGACCGGUUUGCGUACCCUGAUGGCAGUCGCUUCUGCUGCCGCUGCUAACAGACGCUGGUUCAAUGGCUUUGCAUGUUCAGGUGGGGCCUUGAAAGUCGCGCAGAAGGCUUUGUUGGGGUCUACAUGAUGCUCGGUAUUAAUAGUGACGCUACGUAUGCUUCUAAUUCUGCCCAUUUUUAGCCAUGUCGGGAGAGGUUCUAGUAUGCUUUUGGGCAGGCGCGACCAAUAAAACUCGCUCCACGGGAGCACGUAAGGAACUAAAUACGCAUGGAGGCGACCUCAGCUGAAAACCCAUUCGUACCUUUUCUUUUUUGACAUUAGUGUGGUGGGUUUUUCUGGAUUCUCGGCAACAUGCCUUGCAAUAAAUCAGUCAGACUACCUGUUCUCGCGAGGCGGGUUCAGAAUCUUUCCAAGUUUCCCGACGAUGCUGUCUGUCAAGUAGAUUUUUUGCCUCUUGAACCAAACAAUGGAUCAGAUUGGGUUUUUGUCGAAGGUGUACAAAGCAGCUGAAGUUAUUAUUUUGUCAAGAUCAAGUUUUCCUGCGACAGACGCUCAUUCGAACGCCUUUAUCACGCCUUCUGCUUUUAGCAAAAUCAACAAAGAUUGCUUCUAAUUUGGCUGGAUUUGUGGAAAUAAUUGAAAUUUAACGCAUUAUGGAUGCGGCCUGUGUAUUUAUUCAGGGACUUCAUUCUGGUGGAGCGUGCAGGUAAUAGGCAAAACUUCGGAGGAUGUAACGUUUAGAGGCUCAGGCAAAUUGUUGGUCAUGUGAACAUUAAGUUUUUGUCCAGCCGUGAAACCGUUUUGAUACUCGAAAACACAAUAGUGGAUAUAAGAACGAUGCCAAACAGGCAUGACUAAAGUCGCAGAUUUUUGCUUGUCACAUGCCUUCGUGAACUGAUUAUGAGCAGUAUGUAGGAUAUUUAAUCUCUACAUUUUGAAGUUCUGUUGGUUUUACUCGGAAAUAUAUUUGAAAACGUUAACGUUGGGAAUUGUAAAAUCUACGAGCUAAAUCUAAGCUCAUGUACCACACGUCCGCUGUAAAGCCAUAGAAAAUGAAACAAGCUACAUUUUCUACUUCUUCGUUCUAUGUCUAUAGUAGGCCGUCUUGUUCUCAUGUUGUUAGAUUUCAUGAUUCUUGGUUUGAAUUAAUUACUAUUUACUAUGUGCCAUUUGCAAUAUUCGAUUAGGUACUGACACCGUUUAACACUUAUCUAGACCCAGCAUUAUAUCACUGAACUGACAAUAAGCUAUAUGAUAAUGCGACUUGAACGUCAAACAACUGACCGAACGCUGUGCAAAAAUCAUGACAAUACUCAGUCAGAAGGUUUACUUCCUGCUGUUUUGCAUUUUUUGCCAUUAUGUUUGCUACUGAACCAAAGUUUCCGUCCAAUAAUUUUAAUCGAUUGAAAGUGUAAAAGUUCAAGUUGCCCUAAAAGUGAGAAGGUUCCCUUCUUUGUAAUGUUCGUACACCUGGUUUUAGCUCUGCGGUUCAUAUACAUUUUAUAUCUUCUAGGACAUAUUAUAACUCCAUGUGUUGUGGCCGUUCACCAGUCAACCUCAUUUUAUAACUUUAUUUGCAAAACAGCCUUAACAGGUUUGCUGGCUUGCCAAUGUGGAGUUGGUAAGAUGCAAAACCAGAUGGAACUCCAACUAGAAAAUUUCGACUGCGCGAUAAGUUAAUACUUAAAGUCAAGGUGAUAUGCUACAAGAAUUGAGCAUUACAUUUGACAUGAUUAAACGAAGAUACAUAUUUCCCGUAUUUUCACAGGAAGUUAGUGGAAAAAUCACUCUCUCUACUCCCAACCUAUUAAUCAGUGAAACGUAACCGUUCUCAAAAAACGAACAUGUAUCAAAGAGACUCAUCCGUGUUUUUAGCCCAAAGCACUAACCCAUAGGAUUGGUGUCGUGUAACAUAAAAGCGCAGAAAAGGCUUGUGCUUUAGAACUGUCUACGGCUGUAUUUCGGUAGCUUAUGUGGCCAUGCAUAGCGCCCAAUAUCAUAGCCCAAUUGCAUAGCGCUCCUCAAUAUCGCAUCAAGUUAUCAAAUUCUUCCUUAAAACUUCCAUUCAUUUUAGAAUUUUGAGCAUAAAAAUUUCAAAUAUUCUUAUGUCCACGUUUUCAACUUCAUGUACCUUGCGAAAGGACACCUAAUGGACCGUAGGGUUGCUACCGCAGAAUAUAUAGUGCAAUUGAGUGAAAAAUGCCUCACUGUUUUUGGCCUCAUAGUAUAACUUUAUGAAAUGUAUGAACCGUGAGUGCACAGGUUUAUAAUAAACUUGAAAUACAUCCUAAAACACUAUUCAGCGCUGUGACAUUCUCUGAGAUCAUAUCAUUUUCAGCAAGUCAAAGUCUUUAAGUGGAAUAAAACUCUGAAGUGUAAAGUCAGGGUAUGAACAAGUGCCGUGCACCCGUAUCAUUACAGUUAACGAAUUGAAAAGCAUCGUCCCGCGUUAUAAGGAUAACUAGAUCACGACGCAGGCUUGGGCUUCAUAAUAUAAAUCCGCACCCUGUCCAGAACCUCUUUUAAAAAAUACAAUUUUGUCAACUCUUGGAAUAUUAUGAUGACGUAAAAGCAAGGUUUCCUCCCAUUGCAUUUAGCAGAAAACAUCACGGCUUUGACACCGACCUACAGUGGCAAUUAUCGCAAAAAGGGCACAGGUUCAACAGUGCCGGUGGGCGGAUGUAAAAUCAUAUGCCAGUUAGAUAGUAAAAUUAUCAGUAGCCCGAAAAAGAAGACAAUGCAUCAAGAACCGGGAAAACUAUUGUCUGAAAUCAUGAAAACGUUUUAGAAUUUUAGCGUUUUGGGAGACAGUCCACUUUUCAUUGUAAGGAUUCGAUGAACACAUUUGUAUAUUUAAAGGCUGCUAAAGUUUUCAGAAUGAAAUCUAUCUGAAAAACAUACCUAAAAUGCCUGCUGGGAGUCUUAACUUCAUGUGGACCACGGUUAUCUCCGAUCAUAUAAUUUAAUGCACUGUUUGCUUCUUGGUACUUUUCUUUCGAAUGUAUAAAAAAGCGUUUAGUGCACCAUUAACUGCAGAAUUUUCGUCGUCAUAUAAUAUGUGUCUGUGAGGCACAAACGCGCCAGAGCCUUUGGAUGAAACUGAGUUUGACUAAGAGAAUAAUAGCCGUGUCUCAGACUCCUACUCGAAGAACUACAGUAAGUGAUCGAUCUCAUGAAAUGUUUGACGAAAUUCUUAAAUAUGCUCCCGAUUGGAAAGGAUUACUUAGGUGGGGUUGUAAUACCGAAUGCUGUGCGGCAAAAUCCUAUAAUAUUUUAGACUCAGCAGGAUGUUGCCUUUUGAAUGUACUUCCUUUUGACCUUCUGUAAAAACCUCGUUCGAUAAAAAAUGACUACUUAAUUAGCAUGCAUUUUUCGCAUUGAUUUUCGAUGACCCUAUACAGUUAAGUGCAUUUUAUAGAAUAAAAGCAUAAAAGCAUGUUUUUUACUCAUUCGGUGGCACAUCACGUUUCAUUCACACUUUAUACUCAAAGAAAGGGUAUACUAAGGUUUUGAAAGAGUUUUCCAACUCCCGAAUAAAUUGGAGCCAGAUCAGCCGGUUUAUUAGUGUUUGGCGAUUUCAGUCUACCUUACGCGUAAGCAAAAUCAUAUAUUCCUCUCUGUCUUUGAGAAGAAAUCAAGCAAAGUUCAUGAAAUUUUCCAAUGUUGUAUACUCCAUGAGGAGCACUAAUAAACGGACAGGUGCGAUGCUGUAUGGACGGAUAUUGCGUGGUCUUAAAAAGUCUCACAAUUAGCGACACGUUAUAAAAUCAAAAGGCACUCUUUCUUUGACUAUAAAAUGUCAAGAAGACGUGAUUUGCUACCAAACAAGUACGCUAAUGCAUGUUUUCUAUUAAACACAUUUGACUCUACAGAGACAUCGAAAAUCAUUGUGAAAAAUGCACACUAAUUAAAUAGUGAUUUUCACCGAGUGCAGUUUCUACAGGACGUCAAAAAGUAGUACAUUCGAAGAGUAGCAUCAUGAUAAAUCCAGAUUAUGCCGCACAAUAAUAAAUAUGACAACCCCACCUAAGUAAUCCUUCUUAAUAAAAUGCACGUUUCAGAAUUUUGGCAAACAUCUCAGGAGAUCGCUCUCUUACUGUAUUUACGCAACAAACCUAUAUUAUUUAAACUUAUAUCACUUGGGAUGCCUGUCUUCGAGUACUAACAAAUGUAUAUAUAUAUAUGGAUACAGUGUAUGAAAACAUCUAUAAGAGACCGGUAAAAAGAAAUAUCUCAUUUUCUGGUUUCACCUCUUUAUCAAACACCUUGUCACUGAACUCAACGCUUUCUACCUGCCUCUGCAUUGAUUCUAUUCUAAAAUCAAAUCCGGUUACAACUUUUUGUUGUAACGAGCAGUCAAUAUUGACAGCGCUAUCUUUGGCCUAAAUUCAGUCAGUAACUAUUGAUAGCUCUUCACACUGUACCGGCAUAUUACGAACUUACUUUUGUUUAGUUAUGAAGCAUUUUUAAUUCAAACACUCCCUUUUUACCCCGGAUCUUCUAACCGAAAAGGAAAUGUACAAGUUCAUUUAACAUUAUAUCAUUUCAGCAGCAAUGUAACUGUAUCAUUCUUUUUACUCAGAAACUUUGUUGUUAGGGUCUAAUCUUCCUUGCUUUAUGAACUAUUCUUGGCUCGGACAUUUAACAGCUAGCUUUCUAGAGAUAAAAGCAAAGUCCUGAAUAUUUCAGUGACUCAUAUGAGCCCAGUAAUUUGCCGACCGAGUUUUUUGGACCUUUCCAAAAUUUGGCCUACUACUGAAAGUUCUCGAAAUAGCCUUAUGGGAUAUCCUUCGCUGUGAGAUGUUCACAAUUUUUUUUCUAGGCACAAAUUCCUUCGAGUAUUUUGUUUGCAGCUUCGUGUACCUUCUGGUUUCUCCCACUCACCAGCUUGGUUUUAUCAGUAAACGGGGGGCUGGGGGACAAAAGGUGGGCUAGUAUCAAAAUUACAUCGCUGGAAACCACAUUCACGGCGCGCAACUGUAGGUCCUUUGUAAGUGCCACUAUUAGGGUCACUGGGCCUCUAUGACGGAUCGCACGCGUUUGCCCUGGACUUACGCGGGGGCUAAAGUAGGGUCAAGCACGUGUUAUUGGGCUGCGCACACAAAGCGGAUGCCAUAAAGGGGUGUGGCGACGCGCCCAGGCGCGGAUUCACGCUGCACCAGUCACCUACAUGCGAUCCCAUCUUAGAUCUUCUUGUCCCUGUCAUGACGCCAAACUCCGGCGGGUGAGGCUGAAUGGAACGCGGUAGAUGCAGCGCAAGUCUACUACCACUAUGAAAUAACUCACGCACAAGUCACCGUGACUGUGCCCACCACGCUGUGGGGGAUCACACGGUCGUUCCCAACGAUCGAACUGUCAUUAGGCUCAGUCUGAAAUUGCAUGACCUUGCUUUAGGUGAUUGCUGCAUUUUCCCUCUCCACCACUGUAAGUGAUUUUGAACUUCUAUUUAUUCAUUAAGGCGUUCAUCACGAUCUCAUGACUGCCAUGUUUUGUCAUCACCCAAGAGCGCCUUUACACGGAAAUGUCCACACCUUACUUCGAGACAAAGAGCACAGUUUACGGCUGCAGGUGGUGGACAUUCAGCGUCAUCGUUUUGCUGGUCAAGAGGAAACCUCUUGGGCAGAUGCAGAUGCUACAAGAAUCCAUGCAGCUCUAACCGGUGAGUAUGCAGUGCUGUGAAUUUUUUCCUGGCUUGGUGUUAGUCGUCUUUGCAAUUGGUUUUACCAAAUUCUGCCAUCAUUUAGCCUUGUCUCUGAGCAGAAGAUAAUUGGCCACAUAGGGGCUGAUUGUCAGAAGUCAGCAUCUGAAUACCUGUGUAGCCAUGAUGUUUCAAAAGAUAUUAUAAGUAUAAUGCUAAUUGAUGUUUUGUGCACCAUUCAGAAUAGGAUUUUUUAAAUUCAGACCAAGGUUUUUUUGCAGGCCUUAAUUUAGCUGAACAGACAUCGUAAGGGCAUUUAAGUCAAAGUGUUAAGCUUCGGUGCAUUUGAAACUUUGGCGGGUUGAAUAUCUCGAGAGCGCCACUUGAAUUAAUAGCAAGGGAAAUAUUCACGUUUCGCCUUUAGAAGUGCCAUAAUUCUCAAAUGGCAAUAUAAUUAUAGCUAGUCAUUUCACCGAAACGGAUGUAUUGCACAGACCAACGUCUAACAACAUUUUCCUUGAAACUGGACGGAAAAUAUAAGAUUGCAUUGUCUUAAACUGUUAGUGAUCACGACACUUGUGUGAUCUGGGUUGUGCACGGGAAUAAUGACCUUCGUAUUACAGGUUAUUAGAGUUAGGCUUAGUGUUGACGUUAAAGUUUGAACUUAGGUUCAAGCUAGGACACAGGAAUUAAAAACCUGGAGUUUUGCGCGAGGUUACCCUGUACUACUGAGUGCCCAUAUAUUGCUGUCCGAGCGACUUAUGCCGGCAAAUUAAAAGGACUUCCGUAUUAACUUCCACAGCAAAAACGUUAGACAAGCUAAGAAAUGUUAGUUCUGAAGUGAAUUCGUGACUUUGGACGAGUAGUUCAUGCGCCUGGUUAAGCUGGAGUCAAAUAAAAUUAGUACGACAAAUAGGCAAGCAAACGCGAACAGCGUGUGUUUGUGCGACGUGCCAUUCAGACGUGAAGCCUAUGUUAUUAGAAGUGGAUUUGCGGAAAAUACACAGGAGAAGACAAUGAUUGUUUCUAGUUCAUCGAUCGUCGUCGGCCAUUCACGUUUACUAGAGAGUGUUCUUGGUCGGCAUCUACGACAAAUUAGGAUGACUCCUCUUCCUGCAUGCAAUAGCAUUAAGACAGAUUUUAAUUUCAAGAGGGAGGCGUAAAAAUGUUAUAUUACAUCUGACUCCAGCAACGCUUCGAUGAAUGUGUGAAAAUCCAAGUAUAAAGCGUAUCUCCGAGGCGGUACACUAGAUGUGAACUCCUGCGAAGUUCAGUUCAUAGCGGUGCGUGGAAAGGCCAGAUCUUGGGUUAUUAAGUCAUCCAUUACUUCCGAUGUGUUUUUGCAGAUAUGAUUGCAGUUUACGAUGUCAAAUUCCCGAUACAGCAGUCGACUCAAUCAAAUAAGAAAACUUGAGAAGCUUUGCUACCCAUUUUACUUAUGAAAGUCUUGUCUAAAUGCAUGCGCGAGCGCGGUUCUUCUUGCUUUAAAAGGGUACAUCUCUAAACGUUUAAGUGACUCUUCCCUUCUAAAAGGAUAGCAACCUAGUUGUGGCGGUCUCAAAGCAGUGCCGACAGUUCAGAGUCUGUGCAUUGGCUUAAACUGGCUUUUUAUGCUUGGAAAAAGUAAAGUGCGGCGGACGCAUAUGAAAUAAGCUGAGGGAGCCACUCGAAUGCACCAUGACCAUUCUGUCUUCCUCCUGCGGAUAGAUGUCGUCUACUUGCUUAGAUGAAGCGUCCCAAAAGGAAGCAUUCUAAGAAUUGGUAAUGCACGUUUAAUACAUAUAUUUGAAAGCGGAACGAAAGGUUUGGUAAAAUAUACGGGAUUUUUGUCGCUUUCUAUUGCUACCCUCCAGUCCACCUGUGGUGAUACCUAAAUUUUUAUGCUUUUUAUGGAAGGUGAAUUAUGGAAGGGAGGUUAAGAGGAUGGUUUCUAGCAGUAAAGAUUAACAGAUUCGACCAAAAGAAAGGCAGUCUAUUUUGAUAAAGCUCUUUAACUACUUCACUGCUUUUUCGACUGUACGUAACCUCUUGCUGUCUGAGAGACGAACUUGUUUUAUUUAACCUCUGCCAUGAGGCAGACACAAAAUAAGAUAUUAGAUGUAUAUUUUUAAAUAAACUUUACAAAUGCAAAAGGCUUCUAUCACAAAAAGUUGGGUGAAGUUUUGAAAUCUGGCAAAAAAUAUUUUGGCGUUCUGUGGGGACCGUGAAUACAUGCUUCACACUUUGAUAUCGAAGAUCUACUAUAAACAAUUUUAGCUUAAUCAAGCAACUGCCUCAUUUGAAGCCUUGUGCAUUUUUUACUCUACUAAAAAUUUGAACGGAAAGCAAAGUUUGUUCAUAGACUGUACGGAAUCAGUUAUAUUUGCUAAUCUGUUUUGUCCUCCUUGCAAUGAGUGAAUUAAGAAUUGAGGUCUUCCAAAUUGCAAACCAAAUAUUCAAAAUGACGCACUUUAGAUCGCUCUGUUAAAAGGAAACCUGGGCCUUUAAAGAAUCGAAAGGCGUUGUUUAGGUGUUCAACAUGAUAUACACAACGUUUUUUUAAUAUACCGAAAUUUCAGUAUUCGUGAAGGUUAUUUGUUUAAAACCAUUCUUUUACACAAUAAGUAUGCCGUCACUGCGGCUUCAGUAAAAUAUUUUUGCGACCUUUCGAUGAAAAAUAUUUUGUCUCAAAGAUGGUGACUUAGUUUUUGCGGAAAAUGCAUCAACUGUCUAAAAAUACAUAAAGCAUACCGAAAUUAGCUUUCCUACAUAAAGUGAGCAUCUAUUUUAUUUAUGAACUUUUAUUUAUUAAAUGACAAUUAUAAUGCCACAUUGGGAACAAUUUAGCAACUUGUACAGUAAUAAUUAAAACUGCAUUUCAAUAUAGUUUAACAAAAAUGCUUAUGCAACCAGCAUUCGAAGAAGAAAAACACUUUAGUCUUCCGCUAUAAAGUGCAUUAUGCUGUUUCUUCAGGAAGCAAAGUGGAAUCAAGGCACAUUUAUUAAGGCGUAUAACAACUGAUCUGAGCUGUUAUCUUUUAAUCUAAUUAUCUGAUAUAAACAUCCUAAUUUUCUUAAUUUAAGAUACGUCGCCAGACCGUUCUGUGUGAUUAAUUUCAUGCUAACUGCGUCCAAUAUUUCUUAAAACAUGGCCUAGAAGACGCAGUUUAACGCUUUUAUAGUCCUUUUGAGCUUGUUUGCAUGAUGUCAAAACGCACUCAUGUUUUAGUGCGAUAUAAAAAUUUUUCAAAACUUGUCAAAAGUUUGUAGGUUCGUAAAAGUUGGUUAUCCAUGCGUAAAAGUUUGAUACUACUGCAUGACGGGCUUGGGACUUCCAUUUCGCUCGUCGAAAUCAACUUUCCUCACUUCUGAUCUUCACUGUUCCCUUGGCUACAAAUCGAUUUCUACUUAAAACUGAUAAGUAGAAACAUUCUGUUAGUACUUGUUUUACAUCAAGAGCAAAGUGUCAAUUGUUCCUCGUCAAAACGAUAGGAGAAAACAUGACAUGUAAAUAUAAGUACUACUUUCCUUUUUCCAACUGCAAACGCUUUUCGUCGUUUACACGGGCACUUCAGGCAAAUAUGCCUUAUUAUUCCAGCCGUCAUAGAUAAGGGUGAUAAUGAAGGUAUCACCUCACGUUUGAAUAGCUUUUAAAUACCAUCAUAACCGAUGAUUUCGAAGGAAAUAGUUCUAUAAGGCAGAUAUGGCGAAUCAAACCCAUUUCAAUCUUGCCCUGCUCUAUGGAAGUUGACAAGAUGAACGCCAAUUUGAUGCUACAUUUUAAAGACGCAUUCCUAUUUGCUGUCUUCUACAUCUCCUUGUAUUGCUGGUAAGAUUAACAAUACUGUAUGCCUCCUGCGGCCUGUUCGGUCUGAUGACCAGUUUUAUGCAGUCGUCAUUUAAAAAAACUUGGAAAACUAGUCACAAAAUGCUCAUCAAUUGGGAUAUAACGUCCAAGGUUAUUACUUUUAGGAUAAAUUUGAUUUCAAUUUUAGGUUGACAAAAGGGCACCUUUAAAAAUGUCAUAGCGCCAAAAUAUCAGCUGCUCAGUUGUACAGUUCUCAGAAAUAUAAACUAUUUUGUCCACUUGUGUAGUACAAAUGCAUAACAACAACAUUUCGGAACAAUAUUAAGGUACAUAAUACGAAUAAUUAGCUAGGUCAAAUCUUAUUUGGAGAUCAAUAGAAUCCGAUUGUUAACACAGAUGGGUCAUGUUCCCCAUGUAUUACCAUGUGACGUUUCAGCGCUCCACUUUCCGGAAAGAACGCUUUCACCCCUUUUACCUUUCAGUUUAAUUUGAGAUAUCUACAGGCGACAGUCUAAUAUUCACGGAUGGCUGCGUCACCGCAGGUUUCGCUAAAUAGGCGCAGCAGCGGUGACUUGUGCGUAAAACAGCCUACAGUGAGUGACCGAUCUCAUGAAAAGUUGGCUGAAAUUCUGAAACGCGUUUUCGAUUAGGAAGGUAUAGUUGGUCGCGGCUGCAAAAACGAUUAUCUUGCGGCAUAAUCUUAUAAAAUUUCGGACUCGGUAGGAUGUCAGCUUUUUAAUUCACUGCUUUUCAAUCUCCUGGAGAAACCGUACUUGGUGAAAAAGUGGCUAUCUAAGUAGCAUGCAUUUUUCCCAUUGAUUUUCGCUGGUUUUGAAAUAUAUCUUAUGUAUUCAAAUAUAUCAAAUAUAUCUUAUAGAUAUAUCAAAUAUAUCUUAUAGAAAAAAUAAACAAAAGUAUGCUCUCUCCUGGUCAUUUGAUGGAGAAUUACGUCUUCUUUAUGUUUGAUACUCAAGAAAGAGGUAUGAUUACGUUUUAAAAAAGUUUCUAAUUAUGAGAUUUUUUAAGACCGCGCAAUGUCCACUCACAUAGCAUCGUACCUGACCGUUUACCACAGCUCCUCAUGAAAUGUACAAAAUAGUCCACAUCCAUUACAAAAUUUUAUGGACUCCGUAAGGAACCUUCUUAAUGGCAUAGAAAAAAUAUGUGAUUUUCUUUAAGCGGAACGCAUGCACCUUCUAGACUGAAAUCACUAAGCGCUGAUGAAACGACUGAUCAGGCUCCAAAUCAUUCGGCAAUUAGGAAACUUUUUUAAAACCUAGUUAUACUCCUUCCUUGAGUAUAAAAUAUAAAGAAGACGUGAUUCUCUAUUAAUUGACAGAAAGAAGGCAUAUUUUUGUUUAUGGUUUCUAUAAGAUAUAUUUGAAUUUCCAAAACCAGCGAGAAUCAAUUGGAAAAUACAUGCUACUUAAUUAGUCAUUUUUUACCGAGUACGGUUUCUACAGGAGAUUGAGAAGCAGUGCAUUCAAAAGCUGACAUCCUGCCGAGUCCGAAAUGUUAUAAGACUAUGCCGCAAGAUAAUCGGUUUUGCAGCCGCGACCAAGUAAUCCUCCUUAAUCGAAAACGCAUUUCAGAAUUUCAGCCAACAUUUCGUGAGAUCGGUCACUCAUUGUAUAAUAAGGCAGAAUUACGCAACACCAGUCAUACUCCCCUUUCCUCUCAAGCCUACUUUGCUUCGAGGCCAAAAAGUUUAAGACGACUAGCGGUUGGUGCGGACAUUGUGUCUAAACAGACCGUCUACCCGUGCCACGCACAACCCAGCUCCGUAGCAUGUAUCAGGCUCUCACACGAGCGCGUCACCUGCCACGUACGCGAGAGUGCCAUAGAGGCCGCAUUAAGCAAGAGCCACUGCAGACUGGCUGUCAGUCCUGGGAGGAGGGGGAGGAGGAGGAGGAGGAGGAGGAGGAGGAGGAGGAGGAGGAACGAGCUGUCUCGUCAUUUGGCAGCCGUCCAAACCACGACUCAGCGAGUCGUGAUAGAUUCGAAAGCGUCAAAUUUAUUAUAAUGGCUCCAGUGUGCCAUGGAAAUUGAUUCCCUAGUAGUGUCCUCACGUUUCCUUUCCCUUUCCAGGCCCCAAUCAACUCUCCGAGUCUCUCAGCGAACGGGUGAUGAUGUGGUUGGGUGUAGUGGUUGACAUGGCGUCUGGGCGUGCUACCACAUUCUCUCCGUGCACGGAAAUAAGCAUGGGCUCGCGCGGACUUUUUGAUUCCCAGAAAAAAUAUGCACCCUGAGCCAGUCUGACUUCUGUGUUUCUCCAGAACUUCUGCAACAUGGCCAGUGGUGGAGGCCUGCAGGCACUUUGUUAGCAACGAUCAAACAGCAUUACAAGGAGAAGCCUGACAUAUACGAGAGAGAGAGGGAUCAAAUCGAACAUUCCUGGUUGACUUGCAAUCAUCGGUCAGCCGUCCCAUACUCCAGAGUCUAGGAUUAAAUUCGUGGCCGAAAGUCAUUUACUAUUCAAGUCAAGCACCUUACCACACGGGCCACAAGAGUCUGACUCCUCUCGACUGCGAUCGUGAUUGUACAAAGUAAUAUGCAGGCGAUGUGCCUGUCAUCUGUCGUCAAGAAAGACCAUGUUCGCCCCGUUUUAACUGGAAAAUCCAAUCGAUAGACUUUGUAGACAGUUUUGAAAGUAGCAAACAACCAGUAAUACAGGACCACGGACAAAGGCGAGGGGGUUGAGGGGGCCGAUUAAUAUGUGUUUAGCGUCAUCACUGAGUCCGAUUGGCGUUCGAAUCGCAGACCAAUUGGGCUACCUCUAGCCGAUGAAGGACAACGAGCCCGGAUUGGGUAUUCCUUGUUCUGCUAUCAUCGUUGACGUUCCUUCUACAUUCGUUCCCUUAUCUGCCCUUGUUAACCAACCCCAGGUCGUGAAGAUCCGCGACCAUACCCGUUCACUCCUAGUUUAAUUGCAUUUUCCCAGCAUUGAUUGCGGUCCUGCCGUCCAGGAUCUGAAAUAGCUUGUUUGGAUGCUCGAUUGGGCUCGCAGUCUCUCUUUUUGUAGUCAAAUUCACGAAGGAGAGGAAACUACCACUUGCACUCCGCCGAAAUCAGCAAACGUGCUUAACGUAUUCCCGACGAGUAUUUUAGAUCCACCCAGAGACUUGACCCAUAAAGUCUACCCUCCUUAUCAGCUCCUUUCCACUACUACACAUUCAUUUUGUAGGAAAUUUUCCCUGGUAGUUCUAAUGUUGACGAAUUACGAAAAUUGGAGGCAUUUAAACUGAACGACUUUUUGGACAUUUAAGUCGUCUUAUGUGUAAGUCGGCUAGAGAUGGCGGAUCGAACCGGGAAUCGGUACCUGCAUAUGUCCGACGGAUGUUUCGGAAAUUAGUUGCCUACUGUCCAGAUAUGAAUACAACAAAACCCUUCCAGCCAAGUUUUUUUCGACCCAAAUCUCAACCUCUAGUCUAGUUUGGGUGACAAUGCAUUUCUAAUUCAUCUCAGUCUGCCAUGACCGCCUAGCCCAAAGUUUGCGUUACUUUGUGCCCAACACGACUACCGCCCUCCAUUGGUCCAGUAUGGUCUGCGUGUGUGUGUAUGGGAACGUGAAGCUCCAUCCCUAAAAAUCGUUGAUUCUGUAAAAAAUAAAGCUCUGCAGCCGGCGACCAAUCAAAGCAGCUGUUUAAAUAGCUUUGCGCGUGCGCAUUUCCGCGUGCCCGCGCUUUCGAAAAACGACGCGCAACCAUACGCAUACAACCCACUCUCCUUAUCCACUUCCAGGCCAAACGCUUUGCCUGCUAGUAGUCUGUCAGCCCAAACGUGACAGAACCAGCAAUUGGGUUUGUCUAUCUCUUAUCCGGCUAACUUACAGAAUUCAUUUGAAGGUACUUUUUGACGUAAGUCCUCGAAAGGGAUGUCUAACUUACGUACCUUUUUCCGGCUGUUGUGCUUCAGUACGAAAAAAAUUUGACUUUUUACGCAUGGUUCCUAGGCCCUUGAUGUGUUUUUUUUUCAUGCAAAUAAGUCCGGCAUAUCAAAACUCAACGCGUAUAAAAUUUAAAUUAAAGCCCUUUUUCGUCGCUAACUCUAUCAGAACAUGAAAUCUAUGAAAUCGGCUCUAGGAUUUACUUACCGCUAGCUGGGCUUCACCAAUUCGGUUUUAAAUCCAAUAAGAUAAUUGUUGGCAGCACGCUUUACGUGAUACUCUGUCUUAUCUUGCUGGAUACAAACGUACAAUAAAUUUACUGUUGAUGGCCUAUUACUCAGCGACCUCACACAUGACUCUGGGCAUUCGGUGUUUGCAAUGGCGUUUUCGUGGUUAAGGCACUAAAACGAAAGAAAAUCAAUUAUCAAGGGAAAACAAUGAGAAGCUGAAUUUUCUGGUUAAGUAUUAGGCGAUUUUAGUUGAGCGUUUGCGACAUUGCAUAACUUCGAAAUGCGAACACUGAUUAAUUAUCCUUCAGUAAUCUUUCCUUGAGAAUAUGUUAUCAUUAUUUUCAUCAAAAUACAUGUCACUUCGCUGGCAGAUAAGUCACACGGUUUCGUUUGCGGAUCAAAAGCAUUCCGAUAUGUACUAUUCGGUUAGCAACAGGACAAUCCUGGAUCAGAGUGUAAUUUUGGGAGAUAGCCGUAACUUAUUUGGCAGAAUCCGGUCAGGCUAGCAAGAAUGAAGCAAGGCCACCAGUCCAUCACGGAUUUGCCUCUAAAUAAUUGCUUGGUGUUCUUGAAAUAUUCGGUUACCAUGUUAUGAAAGUCUCCGGCUGAGAGUUCUUUGGUGAAAUUAUCGUAGCACGUCCUACCAUCAAAACUGCGAGUUUUAUUACGGUGAGGUAAUAAUACCGAAAUCGAUCAUCAUAUGGUCGCAUUUUCGCCUUAUUUCAAACUAGAGAAAUAGGUUUAGACUUGUAAUAGUAAUUUGGUUUUUCCAUACUAAAUGCAGGUCUGAAGCCCCCGGCUACAAAAUAUACAUUUAGUUAAACGACAAAGGUAGUUGAUUAAUCUGAGAAUGAACCAAAUAACUUAAUACACUUUCAUUAGACGCCAAGCUCUCUGGCCCUCUCCCGUACAUAUCAUGGUCUAGCAGUCCUGUAUCAUUUAAUUAAAUGCAUUAAGGACGCUCAAAACUUCCAAGAAAAGUUUAUCUUGCUGGUGAGUAGUCUAAAGAGCAUGCUAGAUGAGGAAGAAUUAUGACGGCGACCACUGACAUUCUCAAACAUGGUCAUUGAAGCUUAUAAAGGAGGGAUCUUUGUGCUAUUGAAGGCCAGGUUACGCUCCAAUAUGAUCUAAUAUGUCAAGUCUAGAACGUAAUUAUGCUACCUGUUGACCAUAUCUACGUCUAACGGUCAUUCGUCCCGAUUUCGUUUUCUUCAUCAGGGAUAAGCCAUUAUGAAAAGCAUCUAGGAAUGUAGAAUGGAAUCCACUCUUUAGCUACAAUAAUAUUUUCUGCAAAGUUGAACAUUUUAUUCCUUCCGAGUCGCCUACAGCAGAAUGUGUGGCGUUAAAUUCCAGCCAGUUUCACAAGAUUGUGUUCAUCCGAACGAAGUUUUUUCUAGAAUUUCCGUGUACCUAUUUUGUACUAGUUUUUUUAGUUAAUUCUGAUCCCUCAAGUUCACAAACCGUCGUUCGAGGAUAAGUUCUCACUUUACUGCAACUAUGUACAUCAUAACCUCGACCCACUGGAUGUUGAUGUUGCCGUCAUUUCUGGCAAAUUCAUUAAACUAAGGUCGAGCUGGAUAUUUAUUGUCUGCCACAUGAGCAAAUACCCGCCUGUGAUUCACGCGAUUUUGGCAGCUUUCUGUUGGGAUUUCCUUUCCUGAGCUAUACGCGAACUACAGAGACCUCGAGAGUCGAAAGUGAAAAUGCCAAAAUCACAAGAAACGCUAAGAGCCUUUCAGUGCUAUAAAAUCAAGGAAUCACGACAAAGGUACAUUUUUGUUGCUACUGAUGGAAGUCCGCAAUGCGGCUCGGAGAAAAUUCAUUAAAACACUAUCACAUGGGCUACGAACUUAUUGCCUAUUGGUCGCGUUUGGAAGCAGUCAAUAUCGAUUGUACGUGAUAUUUUUCGCCCACAAGGGCUCCGGACUGAGGCUAUACGGCAACCCCGAGCCGCCUCUUACUCGAUUUUUAAAUUAUUAUAAACGUCAUUUGCAUGUAACGCUUAUUGUUUUUCUGGGACUCUACUCGAUUUUAUAAGAGAAAAGUUCAGUAUUGUUUUGUUCAAUUAAAUGACCUUGUGAUGCAGGCAUAUUCAACACGCAAAAAGUGUUGAUGCGAUUUUUUAUUGGCUUGGGCGACGAAUUAACCAAAAACCCAGCUGUAAAUGAAUUUGCGGCCUUAGCAGGCUUUCGAACUCACUUUUGUAUUAGUGUUAUAUCUUCAAACGCAGUGUACAUAUCUCAGAAAGUGCAACAUUAGUUUUCCGACUUGUAUAAGCUGAAAACCUCCUCAACUAACAUUUCGACUGCGGUCUACUGGCCUUCAAUAUUUGCAAGCGCUCUAUGAUUUCUUAUGCAUAAUAAUACAUGUUUACUCUGAUUUUGUAGUAAAACUAAUCAUGUACAAUUUGUUAUGCCUACGGCAUAGUCCGGUUUCCCACGAUCAUCUCGUCAUAGUCGUCUGCUGAUGAUAAAAUCCCUGAGUAUGAGCAAGAGGUCAAGGCGCGAAGUCUAUUUAGAAAGAAGAUCCGUCAUGGGUGGGAUCAAAAUAAUUCUCCUUUUGUUGAACCUUACUUCUGCCAACGACGCCGGCAGAUCGUGGAUACAGCCCAGGAAUCCUCCCCUCUGCGACGACUUUUGUCUAUGAAUAUUUUUGGUACUUGUACAAGUUUAGUUAACUUUCACGGAAACAAUGCAGUAUGGAAAUUAUUUCGUGCACGCAUUUUUAGGAAUUUAAACCUGCAUCAAAUGCAUUGUUCAUUCCGAAAAAACUUUGAAUCGCUUUUCGAAUUCGCAAAUAUUCUGAACGCUUCAUAAUUGCACUACUAGAUAUUUAUUCUGAACAGAAUUAAUGCAUAUUCUCCCGCCCGAUGCGAACAAAGCUGCAUACUCUACAAGUUGUAUUAAAUAAUGCAUGGACGUCAAGUUGAGAAAAUAACUCUAUGGAAAUCUUAAAGGUCAUCUGAGUAUCAGGCAUUCCUAAGCGGAGUGAACCGUUUUUAAUUAUAAAACUUAAGGCAAAUUUAAUUUACCUCAAAAAGAAAAAGGAGCUAUUAUGUACACCGAAUAUGCAAAUAAUAAUUAACCGUUCACAAGUCCUAAAGUUAGCCAAUUAGGUAUGCAUUUAAAGUAGUUAUCUUUGCGCGCUGUUUGCGAAGGCGGCCAAAAGAAAACUUCAGUAAAAUCAGCCCUCGUUUUCAUAUUGACCAGAUCUGUAGUUCACCCAGUGUUAUUUUGUUGUAAAGCUGUUUUCACGAGUUAUUGAGUUCGGAAACAAGUUUGGACAUACUGAUGUAUGCUUUUUGAAUUUCAUCCACGUGGUCUUGGGUCAAAAUCUCCCCAAAAGUCUUUUAAUUCUGCCGAAAAGUAUUAGUUAUAAUAGAUUCUGACGGGUUAUUAUGAUGAGUCUUUUUAUUCUUGCAUUGAAGCAACUGACCCAAGGCCUACAUGGUUUUGCAACUAAAGUAGCUUUCGUGUACGUAUUUUUUGUAUAAUUAACAACUUACUCAAUACUCUUUGCAUUUAAAAGCGAACGCUAGUACGAAAGCAUCGUUAAGGACCUCGAUUUUUGUCCCACUAAAUUUCCUACAAAAUAAGUAUAAAAAAAUACUUUACUGAACUGCGUUCAGCCAUCGUGGUGCGAUGUUCACUGAGUUGUUACCUUUCGUUUACAGGUAAUUGCCUUGCCUCUGAUGUGUACCUAUUAAUUUUAUUUUAAGCCAUGCUGGGAUAAAUGCCCAUUUUUUCGUUAGAUAGAGGCUAGUGUGAGACUUUUAACCUUUUUUCCUGCAAGAAGUUCGCAUACAUCAAACGUAAAAAAAGUUAAAUAGGGUUUUUGUCGUACUCGACGGUGAAUCUUUUAAACCUAGUUAUUAGGCAACAAGUAGUAAGAUCUCAGACACAAAACUUCCUGAAUUUUCACAUCACUUUUCACAUCCUAGGCUGGUUGACUGGAACGCCGGCCUUUAUCUCCAUUAAAGUCACGCUCGUGUAUGGAAGCCAAAGCGUACUUGAUGAAUUGCAUAAUCCCAAUUAUAAUCUGACCGAACAUGGCCUGAUUGACAAGGACAUUAUACUCUUUCAACCGGACGCCGCUGAUCAGCCGAUCUCAGCUGAACCAAGAUCCCAACAUAAAUUUUUCCUACGCUUCGAAGUCGACCUAUUCGACGAGGUUGGAUCCACCAGCGAAUCUGACUUCCUAGUUCUUUUGGUCUACGUUUCUGAUUGUGUGCAAACGGACCGCGUUCAAGCUGUCGUCAAAACCGCUUCAACCGGGGCUCAAAAGCAAAGAACAUACAGACAGCUAGCAGCGCAUGAACCAUUGAAACCGCUGCCAUCCCUGCUUGACACAAUGUUGAUUGAUACUCACGGGAUGCACACUCCUCUACCCUUCCUUUUGCUCUCCGUCUUCCUUGGGAGCCUCUAUAUGAUCCUCUUCUUGGCCUUUGUGCUGCUGUGCCUGUGUAGGCCACGAAAGCGCCAGUUUCUCUUUCCAGCCCUGACUGUCUCCCCAAAAGCCGGCGAUGCACGCCGCUCCUCAAAUACCUCGGCCUUUACAGAGAUCGCCAACUCAUCCACCUCCGCCCUGAUGAGCAGCGAAUUGGAUGCCGCCAGAGUACAUAACCAUGAAAGCUAUGGGGGUGUAAUGCAGCUGAGACGCCUUCCAGCGGAUCAGACCCUCACGUCCAGGAAGGUGGUCAUUUUCUUCUAUGUCUGCUUCCGCGCCUUCACUAUUCUCCUCUUCACCUUCAGCGUCGGUCUCUCGCUCAUCCUUAGUCUGGAAUCGUCGUCUUUCAAGAUACUCCUUGCCUGCAUGCAAAACGUCAAGGGCGAUCGGGUGAGGGAUUUAGUCAGUCCGGAGAGGGCGGGCAAGAUGCUGCCCGGCGGUACGCGUCUAGCCUCUCAUUGGCUUCAGGAGCUGAGGAAAAUUGAGCGCACAUCAAUGUCGGAGCUUAGGAAACAGGUUGGUGAGCAACUAUUUUCCGCUGGUCAACUACACUGUUGCCUACAGACGGAACUCUGCAGUGUUUGUCGUGUCAUUUAUACAGUUCACCCGACGGUGUUAUAA